AUGGUUUAUGACCUUGAUGCUGGAUCACGACAUUUCAAUGUUAUCCCUGAAAAUUCUGUGAAGGAAUUCCUCAGAGCACCUGGUACCAUCAAAGACAGAAUCAAGAAGUUGCUUGCUCACAAAAAUAACAUGAAAAAGAAGGUAAAGAUGAAAGACAUCGCAGAACCUGGGGGGACUCCUGCCCCUAAGGUUGACUCGCAGCCCUUCAACUCUGAAGAGAGCAUUUCCAGAGAUGGGAACCCUCAUGGAACAAAAAAGAGAAAUGAAGAGAGAAAGAAAGCCAGGGGCUUUCUGGAGGAAGAGAAAAGAGAUGAGAAAGCGCUGGCAAGCCAUGUGCAGGAGGAGCAAAGCCUUCUGGGAGAUGUGUUUUCCCCUAAGGUGAAGGAAGCAGGUGAAGUUGAUCUGGUUCUGGUCCAAAGAAAAGCUACAACAUCCCGACUGGAACACAGAAAUUUAAAUAUCUCAGUUGACUGCAGCUUUGACCACGGGGUCUGUGACUGGAAACAGGAUAUAGAAGAUGAUUUCGAUUGGAAUCCUGCUGACCAAGAUAAUGGAAAUCCACAUCCUUACCAAAUUGUUUAUUUGGGGAUGUAUAGGCUCAGCUCUCAGCUGUUGGUCCUGGCAGGUCAGAAGAAGGACAUCGGCCGUUUGAAACUUGUCCUCCUGGCCCUGCAGCCCCACAGCAACUUUUGUUUGCGCUUUCAUUACCGGCUGGCUGGAAACAAAGUAGGGAAACUUCGAGUGUUUGUGAAAAACAGUAAUAAUGCCCUGGCAUGGGAGAAGACCAGGAGCACGGAUGAAUGGUGUAAGAUGGGGGAAAUUCAGCUGUAUCAAGGGACUGAUACUCCCAGAAGCAUCAUUUUUGAAGCAGAACGUGGCAAGGGCAAAACCGGAGAAAUUGCGGUGGAUGGUGUCUUGCUGGUUUCAGGCUUAUGUCCAGAUGGCCUUUUAUCUGUGGAUGGUUGA